GUAAACAAAAGCUGUUAUCCUGAAACAUUUGGAGUCUCGCACAAGACUCCAGAAGUUGUGGUGUCUUAUGUCUGCUUUAUUAAGAGGUUAUGCUGAUACGAGUAGCUCUGUUCAGUUGUGACUAUGGGGAUUUCAGUUUCCUGGAUUUCUAAGGAAACAACCCUCAUUGACAAAGAGGGCAACUUGCCUUCUCUUGUGGAAGAUGGAACAACAGAGAAUGGCAGAGUGCCUGACGUCUCCCAGUUUCCUUACGUGGAAUUCACAGGAAGAGACAGCGUGACGUGUCCAACAUGUCAGGGCACCGGGAGGAUCCCCAGAGAACAGGAGAAUCAACUUGUGGCAUUGAUUCCAUACAGUGACCAAAGACUGCGGCCAAGAAGGACGAAGUUGUAUGUAAGUGCAUCAGUGGUGCUCUGCCUGCUGCUGUCCAGUCUGGCUGUUUUCUUCCUCUUCCCUCGCUCCAUUGAUGUAUCUAAUGUGGGAGUCAAGUCUGUUUAUGUCAGCUAUGACCUGGAUCAGCACAUCGUCUAUCUCAACAUCACGAACACUCUGAACAUCACCAACAAUAACUAUUAUUCAGUGGAGGUGGCCAACAUCACAGCGCAGGUGCAGUUUGCCAGGACGGUGAUUGGUAACUCUCGCAUCAGUAACGUCAUCACUAUACGUCCUCUGGACAUGAAACAGAUUGAUUAUAUGGUCCCCACUGUCAUUGGAGAUGAGUUAAGCUACAUGUAUGAAUACUGCACCCUGGAAACCAUCAAGGUACACAACAUUGUUGUCAUGACUCACGUGACCAUCACAGCAACAUACUUUGGCCACUCUGAGCAGAUUUCUGAGGAGAUGUAUCAGUACGUGGACUGUGGGGGGAACACCACCACCAUCAGAGGGAUAACCCGACCUAUUGGCAACCCUGCUGAGUAAUGGCUCUCACUCAGGCUAGCGCCAUCAUGGUUCAUGUUUUGAUUUUGUAAAUGUUCAAAACUUGCUGUGUUCAGUCACAAAAGUGUAAAAGUAAAAUUAAUGACAAAUAAAUAUUUGUAAGUGAAGAGGAAGUUUAAUUGUAAUAUUAAAAAUUGUUUCUAGCUUAUAUAAAUGAACAGUUAUGAACAAUUACUAAAAUCAACCUUACUAAUAAUAGUUGUUGUCUUAUAAGUAAACCUUUUUAAAUAGGAAGAUAGAGGACAUCACCCAGUUCCACUGGCUCCCUGAAGCUCAGAGGAUAGACUUUAAAAUACUGAUCUUGGUUUAUAAAUCUCUGAACUGCUUCGCACCAAAAUAUAUUAAAAUGUGCUCUACAAAUAAUCAAUCAAGUUUAUCUGUACAGAACAUUUCAGCAACAAGACAGUUCAAAGUGCUUUACAGCAUAAAAAUACAGUCAUAAAACACACUAUAUAAUCAACAACUGAGAAAACCAGUAACAAACAUGACAUUUUGAUGAGUGCAAUGUUUAAUUUAUUAUGGUUCAAAAGAACUAUUAAUAAAUGGCUUUAAUAAGUUAUCCUUGAGUCUGCUGUAGAUCUCAUCUCCAGGUCCAGCUUUCAAUAUUGGUCCACUGAUGAGCACAUUUGCUUUCAGGUUUUCAAUUAUGAUUUUGAUGUACCACUGUAGUCAUGUUUCUGAAUUUCUGAUUUCUGUUUGGCUAGAACCUAAUCAUAGCUCCAAUGUCUAUGAUUAGGUUCUGAGUGUUUGGAUGGUCAGUGGUUGAGUGUGGGAGUAUUUUUCUCUGUUAUCAGUCAAUGUGUCAUGCAGAAAGGAGACUACCUUUGUUUUCUUUGCACUGCAGAAACAGUAGAUUCCAUUCACAGCCCCAUCACCUACUGUAAGAACUUAUAGUUACUGGAAGACAUUGCACACAAUGCUUAAACCCACAGCUUACAAACAACAAAGCAAAAAAAUACAAUACAACAUUUGUUUAUUCAGGAUGACAGUGCUGUUAAAUUUGUAAAUUUGGUUUUGAUUGAUGAUUUUAAAUAAUUUAAAUUUAAGAUUUUAAGGAGCUGGAAAGUUUACUUUGUAAAAGUUCAAAGAACAAUCUUCA